CCGUGUUUUGUAGCGUGAGCUUUUUUGUGGCACAAUAUUUAGUUAUAGCGCUAAUUUUGCCACAAAACAGUGAUAUUAGUGUGUGAAUUACCUAACGUGCAGCUAAAUUUAGUGUGGAAAGUUCUUUUUAUAAGUUUUCAUCUGCGGUUUAUAUUGAAAAAUUGGAUAAUAGGGACCAGUGAGCAAAUCUGUUAGAUAGUCUGCGAGGUAUCUCGUAUUUAAGUCUAAUCGCGGAAAAAAUACGACUGAUUCUCUAUAAUGCGGCACAAUGUGCGAGUGUGUUAUGAAUUAUUGUGAUACAAAAUAGUGAGAAAUGGGUGACAGGUUGAAACAUCCAUUCAAAGUGAAAUCAAAAGCACCUGUGCUUUUUGGAUAAUGGAUUUAAUUUCGGAUUUGUCGCCUCUGAGCCCGGGACUGAUAGACGAGUUGGAGGCUUUCAUGGCCCCCGUCGGCGAGGGAUGCUACCCGCCGCAGCCUAUCGACGCGCGUCGAAUCGGGGGCCACCAGCUUCCAGAAAGUCCGCCAGACUCCGGUUCAGAGAACCCGUACAGCCCAGAGACUCAAGUAUCCCACACAAUUGCCGUAUCCCAAACAGUUCUUGGCGCUGACUACAUGCUGGUUCCAGACCACAUGACACAACAUGAAAUCCUGCAACAAAAUGGCGACUAUAUAUACGAGGAGUUGAAAACAGAUAAUAUAGACCAUGAGGUUUUAAGGUCAAAUUUGAAUGAUGUGGUUGUACUGCCCCAAGAUGCGAAUAUAGUUGAUUUAGGCUUAAGGUCAGUUCGUCAUGAUUUGGGUCUAACAGAUCCCAUUGCGUACCAGAAUCGGUAUAAUCAAAUGAGGGUGGAUUUGCCCGACUUAGAACAAGGUUUGAUAAAUCCUCAGUUAGUUGCGUUAAGCCACGAAACUCUGACGCCAGUGUAUACCAACCUUCAAGAGCCCAGUGGGAAGAAGAGAAAACAUUCUCAGGAUAUCAAUUCACAAGUAAAAUGUGAACCAGCUGCGUUAUCGCCGGAGACGGUGGUACGGCCGCCGCCGUCAGUGGAUGGUUCUGAAGCAGGCGAUGAUGCUCCACUACAGUGCAUACGGUUUGCGCACUUCCAGCAAAACGUGUGGCAUUCCCUCUACGAUUGCAACUUGAAGCCCUUAUCCACCCCAUCGUACAUAGUCGGAGCGGAUAAAGGCUUCAACUUCUCCCAAAUUGACGAGGCUUUCGUCUGCCAAAAGAAAAACCACUUCCAAGUGACAUGCCAGAUACAGAUACAAGGCGACCCACAUUACGUGAAGACUACCGAAGGAUUCAAGAAAAUCAACAACUUUUGCCUUCAUUUCUAUGGCGUCAAGGCGGAAGACCCAAGUCAAGAAGUAAGAAUUGAACAAAGUCAAUCGGAUAGAACAAAGAAGCCAUUCCAUCCAGUCCCCGUGGAUCUCCGUCGCGAAGGUACAAAGGUCACAAUAGGCAGACUUCACUUCGCGGAAACCACAAACAAUAACAUGCGGAAGAAGGGCAGACCCAACCCCGACCAGAGGCACUUCCAGCUAGUCGUAGCCCUUCGAGCACAUGCUGCUCACGCCGACUUCAUAGUGGCGGCACAGGCCAGUGACAGAAUUAUCGUGAGGGCUUCUAACCCCGGUCAGUUCGAGGCAGACUGCACAGAGAACUGGUGGCAGCGCGGUGUAUCUGACAACAGCGUACACUACAAUGGAAGAGUGGGCAUCAACACAGAUAGACCAGACGAAUCAUGUGUUAUCAAUGGUAAUUUGAAAGUAAUGGGUCAUAUAGUUCAUCCAUCAGAUGCAAGAGCAAAGCAUAAUAUCGAGGAACUGGACACAGCUCAACAGUUGAAGAAUGUGCAGAGCAUCAGGGUUGUCAAAUUCAACUAUGACCCAUCUUUCGCGGAACAUUCUGGCCUAUUAGGCUUUGAUCCUCGUUCCCCCGCGCCACUCACUGAUACAGGAGUGGUUGCACAGGAGGUCCGGAAGGUUCUACCUGAUGCGGUGAAGGAAGCCGGUGACGUGACACUACCUAAUGGAGACACUAUACCCAAAUUCUUGGUAGUCAAUAAGGAUCGUAUCUUUAUGGAAAAUCUGGGAGCAGUCAAAGAACUAUGUAAAGUGACUGGUAAUCUGGAGUCAAGGAUCGAUCAGCUGGAAAGGAUCAAUAAGAAGCUCUGCAAAAUCAGUGUUUUACAAAGACGGGACAGUUCUAGGUCGAGUGUUAGCAAUGAUUCCCGUUUCUCUGGCAUAUCGGCCUCAUCAAAAUCCUUCUACAGCGACGGGAACAUUUCCAUCGACCAGAUCCGGGACAUCGCCCGCAGCAUCCGGCGCCACGAGUGCUGCCACAAACUAAGUCACAACUCCCCAAAAUUUACCCGAAAGCAAUGCAAAAACUGUCACAACAACUUCGCGAAAUACGGAAAAUACUACAAUUACAAUAAAACAUGUGUCAGAUAUCAUUCUAGUAAAGAGAAAUCAGAAAAUGAAAACACAUAUCCAACUUAUGUUAGUACUUUAGAUUCGAACACUCAAAAGUUGCCGGACGACAAUUUCAGUGUUACAAAAAAGAAGGACUCUUGUUUAUGGUUGAGGGAUGAGGAUAAUUUUGCGAAUAGCAACACUAAACUGCCGUUUUGCUGUGGGAGAAAAUAUAAAUAUGGGGAUGCAAACAGUGAACUGAUAUCGAAUAAAUUUCUACAGAUUAUCAUAACUAUAUUAAUCUUUAUAAUGGCUAUUUGUCUAGUGGUGAUGUCAGCCCUGUACUUCAGAGAGCAUCAAGAGUUAUUGUCAAUGAAAGAAAUACGUAUGAAUGAGAAGUUCUCGAACUACCAAUAUCACGGGAAAAUCAACUUAAACACCGCGUCGACGCAUAGAGCCACGCCUCCUGACCAAAACCAAAUACAGAAUUUAAAACCAGCGCAACACACGGCAUCUAAAAAAACUGCAAAAGAGAAAGGACCGUACAAAACAAGUCCAGAGUUCACAACAUCCAGCCCGCAAACGCAUUCUAUGGCAACAACACUGCACGCGUCCAAAAACUACGUCAAGAAUGUACUCAUUAAAGAGCACACAUCGGAACCACCACUCGUGGAGUUGGACACACCGGUGUUAGUCUCUCGCAUCGCUGAAGUAAUCGGGAGUGGUUGUUCAUUCACUCUCAAUACAGACAACGAACUAGAUGCUGAAUGCCAGUCAUCGUGUGGUAUAGACCCGCCGCAGACAUAUGAAAAUCAGGAACCGCUAGAAAGGUCAAAAUCAGACAAAGAACUAAAUGAGACCUUCCCCCGACCCCUCGAACCCAUCAAUAGAGAAAAAAUACCUUUAACUCCAGCCAUACCAAAAAAAAACACGUCUAAAAUACAAAAAACAGACAAUGAGUCGAUGAAGAACCAAAUCCAUGAUGAAAUGAUGGCGGAAUCUAAUUUUUUGGAUGCUAAUAAAGUUAAUGUGUCAGAAACAGGAGUUAGGGUUAAGAGAGAAGCGAAGGAGAAGAUUAUAUUGAGAAGAAUAGUGAGAGAAAGUAACGAAGCCAUUUUAAGAAGCAGUUCUGAAGACAUGAACAUUGAACAAUCUGAAGAAAUAAGUCCCCCUGAAUGCGACACAAUAUCCGUGGGCGUAGCGAGCAAGCCGGUAUCUAACGACACAGUGUUUAGCGAGCGGAUCUGCGCACGCGCACUUCACAACUACACUUACAGUGUACCGCUCUCCCACUGCCUACAUCAUAAGCAUAUAGAUAUAACGUUCAGGUCAUCGAAAUUAAAAGAUAUUCGCCUCUGUGAUCUCCACUGCAAAUAUGAUACGCAAAAGGAUUGCCAGCUUAACCGUGAAAUAGCUAAGCCGAUACCCACUGGAGAUUUCUGGACUUCGAAAAUGACCUUGGAAUGCAAUAUGGACAGACAAAUGAAAAUUCGUGCUGGAUUUAUGCCUUUAAAGGACCUGUGUUACCUGAUACCCGAACCUAAGAUGCCAUUUGUAGAAUUCAACAUUCACGUGUUUAGAGAUUGUCGUAAUUAAUUAAGAAUAAGAAAGAAAAAUGUUUUAAUGUCUUCUAAAAAUAUAAGAUUUUGAAAAAUCUACCAUUUGGUGGAAAAAUUUAACUAAGUAAUAAAAAAAAAACAAUAUUUCUACGAAUUCGGUUCGGAUGUUCUCAUUAAUAGUAUCGAAAAAACAAUGCAGUAUUCGCUAUUUUAUGUUUUAUUUUUUUACAUAAUAUUAUUUUAUUUUUAUACUUGCAUAAAUUAUUUAUAAUGCAGUUUAUACAAUCCUGAGUUUUAAGUUUGCAUGAAUGAAAUGGGUGGUUCUUCUAUAACUUAAAUCUAUUUUUUAAUCUAAAUUUUUAUUACAAAAGAUUCCCGGGAAACUUGAAUUCUAAGCUAAGGGUAAGGGUAUCACGACCCCUUAGAUGAAAUUUUAGGUAAAAAAAAAUUAAUACGCUCCAACUCGCAAACUCAUAUUUCUAUAAACUGUAAAUAGGUGCAAACAUUCCGAAAAGUGCAAUUAUUAAUAAUCUAUCCGUCCUUGAACGUAUAUGUAUUAAAAUCAUUCCUAAUAAUAUAGCAAUAAUAUAAUAGCUUUAAUGAAUUAUUUAAUGUAGGACAUAGGUAUACCCACGACCCAAAUAACUAGAUCCAGGCUCAAUAAGCAAAUUAGUCGAUAGAUUCGAACGUCUGUUGGAAAAGGAAUUGAGUCAUGAAAUAUUUGCGAUUUGAUUUCAUGUUUGUUGUAGCUGUAAUAUACACAAGCGAUUUUUAAAUAAAUUAUAAUUUACUUUUAAGUAUCUGAUAGUUUCUAUUAAUGGUGCUAAUUUCCUUGAACACAAAUAAAUUACACUAAAUUGACAGUUCUAAAAGUAAUCACUAUUUCGCAAUUCCUUUUUAGGGCUAGUUGAACAAUAUCGAUAGGUACGUUUAUCUAAAUAUUUUGUACCUUUAUAUAUGUUAAUAUGUCGUUAUAAAAUAUUAACAAA